CAUACACUCACCUUAACUGAAGGAGGUGAAGGCCUGAGGGACCUGAUCAUGUGCUGGAGAUCUGAUGGUGAUCAGAGGGACUCUGAUGAUGUUCACUCUGUGGGGGUGGGGUCGAGGGUAGUGGUGAAACUCCAGUGUAUCUCAAGAAACCAUCUCAGAACCAACUCUGAAGAUCAACUGGUAAAGAAGAGCAUAAAACCCACAGAUUUGAACCAAAUUUCACCAGAUUGAUUGGUCAAUUAUCAGACUAUCUGGAAGCCAUGUGGGUCAAUGGCACGGUCACCAUUAUCAAAGCGACAGGAGGGCAGUUAUCGUCCGUGCCCAUGGCUCUCUACAUGAUCCUGGUGCUGCUGGGAAUCUUUGGAAACGCUAUAGUGAUCUCGGUGGUGGGGGAGAGCAUUCUACGGGAGCCUGGAGGAGGACGCAACUCAGACAUGAUCCUGGUCAACAUGGCCUUCUCCAACCUGAUGGUGUCCAUGACAAGGAACAUGCUGCUGGUCAUCUCAGACACAGGGCUCGAGGUGUUACCUGGAAAGGACUGGUGUCAGAUUCUGAUGGGUGUGUGGGUGUGGCUUCGCUCUGUGAACGUUUGGUCAACGUUCUUCCUCAGUGCUUUUCAUUUCCACACUCUGAGACGGACGGCUCCUCCCAUUACCAGCCUGAGCGGUCCCCGAGGUUUACCCAGAGGAAUUCUAACGGGGUUCGGUUUAAUCUGGAGCAGCAAUCUCCUCUACUCCGUACCUGCCUUCAUUUACUCCACCAGCGGAGGAAAGAACGCCACAGAGACGUUAAUGUUGGUGAGCAGCACCACACGUCCGUUACUGGGCUGCCUGUGGGAUUUUCCCUCCGUCUACAGCGGUCUGGCCUUCGCCACCACCUCCAUGGUGAUCCACGAGAUCAUCCCCAUCGUGCUCAUGAGCGUCACCAACCUGGGAUCACUUCUCACACUGUACGCACACGGAAACACCCACAGCACCGGGAAUAAAGCCCAGGACGCUCCGGUCAUCCGCAGGGUUCCUGCAGAGAGACGAGCUGCCAAGGUGAUUCUAGCCCUGAUCCUUCUGUUCAUCGUGUCCUGGGGUGCAAGUGUGAUCUCAGUGAACUACUUCAACUACAACCGCGGAGCUUCAUCUACGUACCUGUUGGUUCUGGCCCGUUUCUCCAACAGUCUCUUUAUAGCUUUGUCUCCCCUGAUCCUGGCUGUGGGACACCGGAGACUCAGACAGUUCUUUAAAUCCAUCAUCUCUCACUGACUGACUUGUGUUCUGCAGGUUUUAAGGGACGAUACAUUUUAAUGCAGUAAAGUAAUAUAAACUUACUUUAGCUUGCUAGAGUGAUAUUGUCAUGAUAGGUCUUUUAUUCUGAAACCUAUAAAUACUGUGCCAUGCCAACUAAUAAUAAAUAAAGGGCUUGUAUGGUGCCACAUCUAUGUCAAAAACACCAGGUGACAAUAAUAAACAUGCAAGUUUUAACAUUUUAUCUGUUCAGUUUUUUUUUUUUUUUUUUGCAAAUUCUCACGAUUGCUGCCACUAGUGGUCCA